GUGUGUCUGGUGAGUAUUUAAGCUGUCACUCUGAGCUGUUCUCCUCACUCUUGUCUGAGCUGACAGAGAACACUUCAUCAUCUCUGAGAACAUCUUCAUCAUGAAGCUGAUUGGUCUGCUGCUGCUGCUGGGUCUCUUCUCAUUGGUGGAGGGGGAGGUUGUUACCUCCUUUGCCGCUACUUGUCCUGACUUCUUCGUUAAGGACCAGAACAUUAGACCCGUCACUCCCACUGUGCUACCUGACCAAAACAGGUACAAGCAGAUCUGCCAGAGGUAUGGGAACGUCUACCGCUACGCCACCCUCUACGACACCCAGAACAGAAUCCCUGUGUACUCAGCCUACACGUACGCUGGAUACAAAUCCGUAGACAGGAAAGACAGCUGGAUGAUUGAGCCUCAGAUUGACGAACCAGGUGCAAGCACAAAGAAAGAGAUGACCACCUCAGAUAAAGUGCCUUUAGAGCUGAGAGGAGUGAAUCAGGCUUUACCCAAAGACUACGCAAACUCCGGCUACCAGAUUGGCCACCUGUACCCCCACUGCCACAACUGUAAUAAGGACCAGGCGGAGUCCACCUUCACCCUGACCAACGCCGCCCCGCAGAACGAAGAGGACAACACUGACUGGUACGGGCAGGUGGAGAAAGUCACGGCCAAUUUGAUCUACAACUGGUGCCUGCAUAGCACUGUCCACGUGGUCACCGGCGUGGUGCCAGGUAAUACAUGGAUAGGUGUAGAUAAUAAAGUUAAUAGAGUGAAUGUGCCCGCCUACUUCUGGUCUGCUUUCUGUUGCACACACAGACUGACAAAUAUUCCUGUUUCAAACGGCUUCCUGGCCCCCACAAAGACAGGGAUGAAGGUACUCCACAAUGACCAAAACCAUGACUGGAAGAUGGUCGCAGAGAGGAUGUCUGUUCAGGUCCUGAAUAAAGAGCUCUCACGUCUUUACGGCUCCAAAUUUGAAGUGUUUGGGAAUGUGUGUCUUGAUGUCAUCGGUGGACCAGACGAGAUGACCACUGACUCAAACGCAGGAGGCUCGGUGGGGGCCAAUCAGGCUGUGGAUGGGGACUAUGAAUAUUCCGGAUACAACAGAGGCCACCUGUACCCCCGCUGCAACAGCUGUGACCAGAAGCAGGAGGAGUCCACCUUCACCCUGACCAACGCCGCACCCCAGAAACAAGCAGAUAACACACAGUGGUACCACCAGGUGGAGAAGUUACAGCAGAAUAUUAACACUUUGUGUAGCAAGAACACAGCCUAUGUAGUGACUGGGGUCAUUCCAGGGAACAAUGUGAUUAAGGGAGGAGUGCACAUCCCCACUCAUUAUUGGUCAGCUUACUGUUGUAGGGAUGUCAAGAAUCAGAACCGGUUUAUAUCUCAGGGCUACAUGCUAGAGAUGACAGGGAUGGGGAAUGCACAGGCUACCUAUCCAACAGUAGCUCAGCUGAAUACUGAUCUUACAACUAAAUACAACAAGCGCUCCUUUAAGGUGUUUGGGACAAUCACAGGCUGUUCUUAAAGCCUACUGUGUGUGUGUGUGUGUGUGUAUGGAUGGGUAGUGUUUGGAAAUAUUCCGGGCUGUCGAUUUGAGCAAUGAGGUAUAAUUCCCCGAAUCAUAUUCCAGUGUGGAUGUAAUGUGUAAAAUCGCUCUGUCUGUAUGUGCUCAUAAACACACACACACACACACACA